AUGCCGCGCGGGCUCCGCGUCCUCGCAGGUAACGCCGCGCGGGGGAACGAGGGUCUCGCCAGUGCCCCGUCCGCUGGUGGGACCGGCCCGGGGGGGGAAUCAGGGCCGGACGGGACGGGCAACCCCCCACGGCGGAGCCGUCUCCGCCCGGACAAAAGGGGAGCGGCGAGCGGGGCAGGGUCACCGCCAAAAUCCCGGCGGGGCUCGCCUGCCCCCCGGCCUCGACCCUUACUCCACAGCCGCCGCUGCCUUCCCGGGCGGGCUCCUUCCCCGGGACCGCCCGCCGGGUGCCCGCCCCCCCCAAGUUUGCGGGGCUCCUGGGUGCGAGCCACCCCCGCGGCGCCGGCGCCCUCCGGCGGGAGGCACCGUGCCCGUCUCGCCGCGGGGCUGCCUGCGGUGUGCGGGGGUGCUCUCCGGGUCGGCUCGGGCUCGCCUGUCCCUGGAGAGAACGGCGGGCAGGCGCCCUCCCUCGCCGCUGCCCCGGGCAGUGGCGUGUGCGGCGGUCCCUGGUGGGUGUCCGCUCCGCCCCGCCCCGCCCCGCCCGUGCGGUCACCGCGCUGCCCGGGGAAGGGAGCCCCCCAUGGACCGGCCUCCCGGACCGCGGGGACGAGGGCUGGCAGCGGCUGUGCGCCGGAUAAAUAG